CGUUCCAUCGUUCGUGGUGGAACGAUCCGAGAUUAAAAUUCAACACCUCAAUUGGAGCCAUCACUUACACAAAGCCACCAGCUGAUUUCAUCUGGAUUCCUGAUGGUGCUGUAACUAACGCAAAGAAGAUUGAGCGAUUUGUCACAUCUGUGCGUACGGUGUUAAGUCCAAACGGAGACGUUUAUGUUUCGCAAAGGAUGAAAGCGAUUUGUUCAUGUCCAAUGGACCUUAAAGAGUUCCCAAUGGAUACGCAGAAAUGUCCUUUCUAUAUGGAAAGUUUUAGUUACAAGUCAAAAGAUAUGGAACUUGUGUGGCAUAAAACACCAAUCAUCAAAGAAAACGCCGACCUGGAAGGAUACGUGCUUGAUAAUAUCGAAUCUACAAGUUAUCUGAAGAGUUACCUUAUAAAUAAUGUUACAGAGAAUUACAACAAUUUAGUGUUAACCUUCGUCGUUGACAGAACCUUUGCGUUUUAUUUUUAUCGUAUGUACGCUCCCACUGUUGUGCUGAUGGUGUUUAACUUUGGUUCCUUCUGGAUCCCACCAUCUGCUGUGCCAGCUCGUGUAGCACUCAUUGUCACUACUUUAUUGACCAAUGUUGUCAUACUGCAGAGUGUUACAGAACAGAUUGUGAAAGUUGAAUAUGUAACAGCUAUGCAGUUGUUUUUGUUGAUCAACAUUUUAUUUGUGUUGCUUGCUGUCGUGGAGUAUUUAGUUGUGUUGGCUUUAGAAAAAAGAAAAACUCAGCAACAAUCAACAGAGAAAGAGAAGACCAAACCAUCAGGCUUUAUAAACAAAACAUUUAAGUCAGAUGUUCAAAACGAAAAUACAAUAACUGCACAACCAGUUGAAGAGGAACAUUCUCCACAGCAUUCCGAAUUAAAACAUUUUAAUGCACAAAAGAUUGAUCAUUGGUCUCGAUUAAUCCAUCCUCUGCUUUACUGCAUAUUCUGCGCUAUAUAUUUUGGCUAUUACAAAAGAUAAAUCAGACAAUUCAAGUAUUACCAGAGUUAGGCUUGCUAGUAAAGGCAACAUUGGAAUUUUUAAAAACAAUAAGAUUUGUAGUUUGUUAAUAAUUUGUUAUAUAUUUAUAUUCAAUAUAUUCAAAGUUUAGAUUUGAAAAUGGCACAGUCCAGACAUGUUGAAAUAUCAUCGUAAAUAAAAUAGUUAUGAAGGAACUUUCAUAGAAAGAAAAACUCAAAAAAUUGUGACAAAUGUGUUGAAAAUGCGUUGUAUAUAAUUUUUAAAGUUUAUUCAACCAAUCCUGAGGCUGCUACGCCCUGCACAGCAUUCGUGUGGUGAAGAUUUCGAGUGCACUCUUUACUGUGAAAAAAGGCGUAAUGCAGAAAAUAUUUAGGAAUGUAUAGAUGGUUACAAUUUAAAACGUUUUUUUUAUUUCUUCUGAGCAAUGAAUUCCGUAGCUACUAAACGUCUAUUGUACUAAUUAUAAUGCAUGGAUAACUAUGAUAGUAAAACAUAUUUGUUAAGUUU